GGUGCCGCCGACGGUUCGUUGUCUACUCUGGUGUACCGUAGCCCGCAUCGAAACACGCGAUCGUCGCCUUUGUUUAUUGUCAUACGCGCGCUUCACUGCAGUCCAGCAGCAGCUGUUCACAGUGCCCCAUCGUGUGUUGUUUCAUCGUGUUAGUUUCAUUAGGUUUAUUCUGUGCGGUUUCAGUUAGCAGUGCGUAUCAGCCAGUGCUUUUGUGUAAUCAGCUGUGUGUGUAGAUGGGGCAUACGACGAGCCCCUGAAGCGGUCGGUGCGGUGCGCGCGCCUCCGCAGAGCUCGAGAGCGAGCGGCUCGACCAUGGCGGCCACGGCCCGUCGUGAGAUAGACACCGGCGAAGAGGACAUCGCCGCUAUCGCAAAACAAAUUUCCGAUCAUGCUGAAGCCAUUUACCAGACGUGGAAAGCGCGUGGCCUUGCGCCAACAGAAAUAUUGUCGUGUAGGCCUGCUCCAGGCAUAAAACUGGCGGAAAGUUUGCGUACCAAACCGAAACCAGAGCCCAAGCCUGAAAUUAAACAACGGCCAGACUUUAGGCGGGAGCAUAGACCAGAAUUAGUUCGUGAGCAGAGGCCGGAUGUUAAGAGAGAGCGCUCUGAUACGCGACGAGAGAUCCGACCGGAGCCCGAGGGAGAGACGAUAGAAGUGAUAUUACCUCCGGAUUUGGUUCCUGAAAGAAACGGUACGGGUGGCGUCGGCGCAGGUGGACGGCGAACGGAUCCUGCAGCAAUGCGAUUAGAAGUCGCUAGGGAGGAGGAAAGACUAUUGAGAGCAUUGCGUACAGGCGGUGUCGUAGCCGAACGUUCGGCCGAGAGGCCUGACGUAGUACCUCCGAUAUCGCUUGUAGAUUAUGCAAAAAGCCGGUAUCAAGAUAGAUUGGAUACUGGAGCAAGAAAGCCGGUAGCUGGUGCAAGUGGUGAACGACGAGCUUCCUUAGGGUCUCACGUCACAGAAGCUCGGUCCAAAUUCGAAGCGCGCGCUCGUCGUGCGUCCAGCGCGGGCGCCGGUGAGACCGCUACGGCGUCCGCAUCGGGAGUUACGCCUGUGCGCCCUUUCCUCACACGUGGGUCUGUCGCUGAAAGGGUGCUUAUGUUUGAGCGAUGUCCCAGCGAAGCCACUUUGGAAUUAGCUAAAAGAAAGUCACCAGCAGCGACAACCUGGCGAGGGCCACACGAUGUCAUCAACAGAGCACAGAACUAUGCUGCAUCCACACCUACGAAACCAUCGUCUGCGCCUGCGCACACGACGCUGCAACGCACGGUGCGAGGCGCGGCGAACAGUGGCGCACCCGCACGCGUUAUCCCCAGAUUCCAUUUCCCGAAGGGCAGACCGCCGCCUGCGCACCAACAGGAUCAUGCGCUACACAAAGUGCAGUCUGCAUUCGCCACAUUUCCUAAUAGUCAAGUACCUCGUGAAAGUUUCAAGCAUAUAGUAAAGGCGUGUGAAUGCCCUCUCUACUGGAAGAUGCCUCUGUUUCUGGCCACACAACAGAGUCUCCACGCGCCUGUGGAUGGCCACAAAUUCAUUGACUUUUGGAGAGAGAUGACCUCCCAAUGUCACGAUCAGGCGUCCCGUUUCGUGUACAUUCUAACGAGGGGGAAGAGCAACACAUUGGCUCCAGAAGAUUUCGUGCCUCUAGUUCAAGACGUGGUAGAUACACAUCCCGGCCUCUCCUUCUUAAAGGAAGCCACUGAGUUCCACUCAAGAUACGUACAUACUGUGAUCGCUAGGAUAUUUUACUGUGUGAACCGCUCGUGGUCCGGUAGGAUUUCGAUUGCGGAACUUAGAAGAUCUAAUUUACUUCAAGUCAUACAGUUGCUUGAAGAUGAGGAAGACAUCAAUCAAGUUACACAAUACUUUAGUUAUGAACAUUUCUACGUCAUAUACUGCAAAUUCUGGGAACUGGACAGGGAUCACGACUUGUUCAUAGACAGGCACGACCUAGCCAGGCACAACGAUCACGCUCUAUCGAGCCGCAUGAUCGAACGGGUGUUAUCUGGUUGCGUGACGCGCGGUAACCAGAACCGACUGACGCCUGACGGAGAGCCAAGAAUGUCCUACACAGAGUUCGUAUGGUUCCUGCUCGCUGAAGAGGAUAAAACGCACCCCACCGCUAUUGAAUAUUGGUUCAGGUGCAUGGACGUGGACGGCGAUGGGUACAUCUCGAUGUACGAGCUGGAGUACUUCUACGAGGAACAGAUGCAGAGGAUGGAGGCGAUCGGCAUCGAGACGCUGCCCUUCAACGAUUGCUUGUGUCAGAUGCUCGACAUGGUGCACCCGGCGGUGGAUGGCAAGAUUACACUGUCAGACCUGAAGAAGUGCAAGCUCACGCCGAUCUUCUUCGACACAUUCUUCAACCUGGAGAAGUACCUCGACCACGAGCAGCGCGACCCGUUCGCCACCCAGCGGGACUCCGACUGCGAGAUGUCCGAAUGGGAUAGGUUCGCAGCCGAGGAAUAUGAACUGCUCGUCGCCGAGGAGGGCGGCAGCGACGCACAGGACCAAAUCUCAUACGAUGAAACAGAUGAAGACUGUCUAUCGCCAAAUUUAGAUGACAUCACCAGCACUGAAGUUAUUGAGGACUCGAGCGUGGAUGAGUCCACGCUUAGUGAGGGUACCGCGAGUGGGGGCACCGUACGUCUCCGAGACUCUACCCCCACCGCUCCCAGCACUACCGCUGGCGGCUUCGUCAACCUCAGCUCCAUCUACUCUAUCGACAGCAACAGGUGGAGCCAUCAACCAACGACCAAGAACGGCUUUCCCGAAAAACGACCCGAAAAACCAGUACCCCCCGAAAAACCGGUCAGCUUAAUGAUGGUUAAUGGAAAAAUGGACAAUAAAUACGCCGGAUUCGGCAACAACAGUUUCCUGUACUCUCACUUGUUGACUGGUCGGAAAGAUCCUCCAUCGUACAGUGCAGCUACAAGUGGCAAGGAACUGUUCGAUAAAGAGCCAAAGAACUCUCCAGUGAAAUCGCCGAUAACAAGUCCCGUGAACGGCGUUAACAAGAUCUCGGACAAUUACGAGAGAGCAGUCGCUGAAAGACUCAGUCCACAAAGAGAGAUAUCGAGGCUAAAUCGGAGCAGUCUAUUCAGUAAAGUGAAUACUGGCGUCGUUUCUAGCAAAGUCAAGAAGAAUAGUCAAAGAAAUCAAGAGGAAGACGACGAUUAUGCUCGUGACAGUGACGAGUGUUCUAUUUAGAUAUCGGAAUGAAUCGUUUUGACGUCUCCAGUGAACACCAAAGAUGAUAAAUGUGCAAUUAAAGCGGUAGUUAUCAAUUUUAGAUUAGGACCAGAUACCGUUGUGUUUGACAGAGUAAUAUUUUUUCAGCGUAUCCUAGUGGUCGAUACGUGCCUUGUGACAGUUUAGACAUUACGAUCCCACGAUCACACAUAGAGUGAACUAGUGUUAUAUGAAUUAGAAAUCCUGGUGCUAUCACAUCUGCAGAGCUACAAAGAUGUUAAUCAAAGAAGAUACGAAGUAAUCUCUGUUACUUGUAACGUCGUGAGCAAAUUUGAACUCUUCUGUGAUUAUUAUAAGAACUAUUUCCCUUUAUAGCUCUAUGUGAUGGCACACAGACUGGACAUUGUUCAAAACGUCUCAUAGGCUAGUUACAGCAUUUCGUUAGUAUAGUAUUUAUGUAUUUACGAGAUUUUUUACCAGUGUUACUUUCACUAUAGUCUCAAAAGAUUUAAGCAUAUCAACAAUAGUGUUUUAUUAUUUUAUUUGCAUGAAUAUUAUUGUUUACAGAUCUACCUAAGUUUUAUCUGUAUUUAGUGGUAUUAAACAUUAUAGGGCCUAUUUAAUUCCGUCAUGAUCAAAACCAUUCAUAUCAUCGCUCCAUCCACAGAUUAUACUAAGAAGAAAAGAGAUAUUUAUAUUGCUCUUCCAAGUCUAUUAAUUUAUUUGAGUCGCUAUAUGACCGGACAGAACUGUGAUUAAGUUAAAACUCCACAGAUAGCGCUUUAUGAAAAAGCAAUUUGAAUCUGUCGCCUAUAUAAAUAUUAUGAAAUUUAAAUUGUCUAUUGGGCUUGUAACUUCCACAGGGAUUGAUAUUAUAUCGGAGCCUUUCAUUGCCUCGGUUAAAACGGUGGAAAUUUAAACUCCAUUUACGAAUAGAAAAAAACAUUUAUUCAGUUUUUCCCUAAUCACUGUGGUUGGGAAGAAAACCUAAUAACGAGAGUACAAUUGUACUAAGUAUAUAGAUAUUAGCAAAUAACUACGCGGGCUUUGUUGUUUAAAUUUUGAUAGAGUUAUUAGGCGCGAAAUUUAAACCACAGAUUUGAAAAUAUUAAGCUAAAUAAUAGGUCGACGAAACAUACAACGCAAGUGUAUCUUCAUAAUGCAUUAUCAAUUUCACAUUUAGAUAUCGCCGUUUUUUUGUGAGUAUGCAUUUAUUUAAUAUCGAUGGAUUAAUAAUGAAAUAUAAUUAAUCACAAAAUUAUUAUUUUUAUUCUUGUUAACGUCCAAUCGUCCACGGCUGGCUUUUUUUUUAUUUAAUAAGACAUUAAUCAGUAUAAUAAAACACGCACAGACUAUUAAUUUAGUAAUUAGUAUUAGGCAUGUAAUAAAGUAUUUUUGAUAGAGACAGGAAUACGUCUCGAGUCUAUGUACAUGGCGAUUAUAGGACGGUGUCAAAUUAAUAUAAUAGUAAGUAGUUAGUUAGUCCACGAGUUAAUAGAACAAUUCGGAAAUUAUUGUAGAUACAGUAAUGGUUAGAUGAAAAACAUAAGGUUUCGGGCCCAUUCAGUAAGUUUUAUUACCAGACAUUAAUUGUAGUUACUAUGUGAAGUCGAUUAGAUAUUCUAAAAUAGAAUAAUUAUAACCUAGAUGUAAAAAAAAGUUCUGUCUGGGUAUAAUUAUGAUGAGUAGAUAUAAAUUAACAGUUUCCACAUUCAGAUUAUAUAUCAUAGUACAUACCUAGUAAAGCUAGUUAUUGCAUCACAUUUGUAAAACAACGAUAAACUUGAAAUCACUACUUAUUAUAUUGUUAUUAAAAUACUCCCCUUAUCUUAUAUAUUUAUUACUGCGCCCACCUCCACUCAACCAUCAGUUGUCUGUUCCGUACAAGGGUGCAAACUUGAACCAUUGUUCUAUAUUCAUGUCAGAAAUUAUUAGAUAAAUACAAUUAAUUAACCAUUUACAUAACUAAUAAAUUAUUUGAAAGUGAUUGCAAAAUGAUCAGCUAUUAUUAUUAUUAAUAUUAACAAUAUUAUUGAACAAUAGGGAAGCUUGUUGCAAAUAUAUCUUGAUGGAACAGCUGAAUUUUACUUACUCUGUAAUCAUAAGCGGGAAAAUAGAAUAUUUAAAACUUUGCUUUCCCGCCUUUAUAGCACUUUUUUUUUUCUAAAUUAUUCUUUGCGAGUAAACUUCAGGUGGCGCUACCUUCUGUGAGCUUCGUGUGAAUUGAAAUUACUCUCAAUUUCUGGUGAUAAACUUACUUAGUCUAGUCCGAGUGACUAAAAGGGCCGUAGAAUUUAUAGUGACAUAGCAAUGGCAGCUGUAUUAUAUGCUUUUAGAUAAUGCUAGGUAGAUCUUACAUUUUACUCUAGUCUGCAGGUGCUUAUCGACAGAAGGUCUACCAUUCAUAUUUAUUAUUACAAAAUUUCUUUACAAAACGGUUGUUUUUAUAGAACUAUUUUUUGUAUUAGGGCUGCCAUCAAGGCUGGUUGGUUAUUUUAAAGUAAUUUUGUGGGGGAAUAAGGAGAAAAGUGAGUUUUUUUAGAAUCCGGAUAGGUAGCUUGAAGAAUGUAAGUAUUACAUUAAAAUUAUACCAGAGUAAUAUAGUUUUGAGACCUAUCAAUAUCAAAAUGGUAGCAUACAUUGGUUUUCUAAAUUUGUGUAUUUAAUGUUAGAUGGUAGCCCUAAAUUUUAUUUAUAUAUGAUUUAAGUCUUUAUAAUAUCAAAGAAAUUACUUUGAAUUUCAAAUCGUAAUUUCAAAGUGAGUUUAUCUAGCAAUGAGCAAUGAAUAAAUCAUAAAAAUAUCUAAAUAACAAACUUGCCUAAGAUAUGUGAAAUACUUGUAUGUAUUCACUUUAGUUACAUACUAUUUGGAUGGUUUUAAAUCCAUUACUUAUGUAGUUUUAAAAUGUUAAAAAUGUAUCUUCCAUACAUUAAAAAUGCAACUCCUGUGCCUCAUUUGGAAUCCUUUCAAAUAAAAAAAUCUAACUGUUUAUAUUUAUAAUUCUGUCUUCUAACUAAUAUUAUUACUAGUCAUUUCAAUAUCUAAAUGGAAUUCUUUAUUUACAAUCCUCGAAUCAACUAACUUUACCAAGUAUUAACCAAAACGAUUGUUCACAUUUUAAUAAAUUUUAUUAAUAUGUUGUGUACUGUUAUCUUAGUAUAAUUUUAUUAAAAUUUAUGGUAUGUUUUAAAUACCUACCUGGUUUGAGCUUAGCUGUUCUAAGAUUUAAUGAUAAUUUAGUUAAUUUAGAUGAUAUAGGUCUGUAAGUUAAUUUGGCGGAAUAAAGUUUGUUAAUUUUGGGAGAGAGUCAUAAGUCAGUAAUUAAUGAAAAUGAGUUUUUUUUUGCUGAUAUAUAUUUAAUAUAUAGAUACAAACUUUAUAAAAAGUAUGGACAAAGAUACUACUCAGUAAUCCUAAGGUGAUCAAUGAAUAUCGUUUUUUUUUUUUUACUUUUUUCUAACGUUAUGUUAUAAUCUUAUAUUUGCCUUAAACUUUGAAACAUUACAGAUCUUAAUAUCAAUAUAAUCAUAUACAUAUUUCUUAUUAUUAUAAUCUUGAAUAUCAAAUUUUAUGCAUCUUUGGACUUUAUUCAAUUAAUCUUCUACUUCUUACUAUUUAUUGUUAUUGUUGGUAAUUUACAAUUAAAUACGACAAGGUUCUAAUGGUUCUUUACCUGUCUGUAUCUAUUAAAUAGAAUCUUAGUUAACUUUGUUCAAUGGUUAGAUUAUUAUAAUAUAAAUUUGCUCUUAAAAGAUUGUAACUUCCAGUGAAUAACCCCAAGCCAUUCUAUAUAUAGUGCCAUUAAUAUAAUACGCAAGGUGGCGUCGAUGGAAUUGUUGAAUACUGAGUUGCUAUUAUAAAGCCACUCGUAAACGGUAUCUAAAUAGGGUAAGAAUUAUCAAACUAUCUAUUUAAAAUAGAUCUGGAUAUUUUCUUUCAGCGAUAUAGAAGUAAUGUCUUUUUAUCAACAUGUUUAACUGUAAUAACACACAUAAAUUUAUUUGUAGUAUUUUAUUAAUUAUUAAUUACACAAGACAGCCAGAGUAAUAAUUAUAACGAAAAAUUUUUUAGUAAACGACGAAUUUAACAAGUGCAUGUAAUUAUUUUCGUUGCUGUAUCUAUUUAAAAUACCAAUGUUAGACUGUUAUUGAUUAUAAUCAAUGUAGUGUUAUAAAUAAACGGGAGAUUACAUACAAAUACUGUUAACAUAAUUAACAUAAGAUUUUUUUUACAAAACUAGUGAUGUCAUAGUAAUGGUGUGUUUACGUGAAGUGAGGUGACAGACCUAUUGUUAAGUAUCCUAAUAAAUAAAGUACAUUAUUGUAUUUA